AUGGAAGAGGACUGGAAGGACUCGAAAGCCCUCCCCAAAUGGUUUACAACCCCCCCAGAGCUCGUGUCAACGGCCAUUUGUUCCCAGGCCUUCCAGCAGAGGGCUGCAGUCUCACCAUUCCAAUUCCAGGAGGCAGUAGAGGGCAUGCAGGCGAACAUCAAGAUAGGCUUUUGUACCGGGGACCAUAGAGAUGGCAGUCCCUUUUAUGGUCCGGGCAAUGCUUUGGCCCACGCCUUUGCACCACAGGACCGGAGGCUCCACUAUGAUGGAUCCGAGGACUGGAGCACGUCCACUCCGACCUUGACUCAGGUGGACUUGGAAUCGGUAACAAUGCACGAGAUCAGGCACACCUAG